AUGAACGGCGACAGAGAUGGCGGCCGGUCGCGCGACCAUUAUUCUUCGCGUGGAGACCGCGAGGACCGCCGUGACCGUGACCGCGACCGACGCCGCCGCUCCAGAUCUCCCGGCCACCGAGGCUCCCGACGUGACUACGAGGUAGACACGUAUUCCUCUAGCCGUGACUACAGAGAGCGCGAGCGUGAAGACCGUUACGCGGGGAGGGACAGGCACCGCGACGAUCGCUGGGACAGAGACCGUGGAUCACGCAGGGAGAGACGGGACGACGAGGAGAGGCCGUCGCGCCGGGACCGCGACCUGUUUGAUGACCGUGGAGGACGUGGCAGGAGGGAAAGAGAUGAGUUUGGCGGCCGCGGAGGCCGCGGUGGCGGCGGCGGCGGCGGCGGCGGUGGUGGUGAAGGCGGCCGAAGGAGGAGUGCCUCGCCGCCGCCCAAAAAGCGGGAACCCACACCGGACCUCACCGAUAUUAUCCCCAUCACGGAGCGGCAGAGGCGCAUGACGCAGUGGGAUAUCAAGCCGCCGGGCUAUGAGAACGUGACCGCAGAGCAGGCUAAGCUGUCGGGCAUGUUCCCCCUGCCGGGUGCACCCCGCCAGCAGCCCAUGGAUCCCAGUCGCCUGCAGGCCUUCAUGAACCAGCCUGCCGGUUCGGCAAAUGCUUCUGCUCUCAAGCCGUCAAACUCGCGACAAGCAAAGCGCCUUUUCGUCUACAACUUUGCGAGCUCCGCCACCGAUGACACCCUCCAAGAUUUCUUCAACCUCCAGCUCAAUCACCUCAACGUCAUUUCCAGCUCUGACCCUUGCAUCUCGGUGCAGAUCUCCAAGGACCGCACUUUUGCCCUCUGCGAGUUCAAGACGCCGGAAGAUACUACGAUGGCGCUGGCUUUGGAUGGCCAAUCUAUGGAACCGGAAGAUGCGUCCAAUGGGGCCAGCAACGGAGCUCAAACAGGUCUUCAGAUCUCGCGCCCGAAGGACUACAUUGUUCCCGCGCAGAGCGAGGAUCCUGAUUACCAGGAAGGCGUUGUAUCGGACAAGGUCAAGGACGGCCCGCACAAGAUUUCCAUUUCGCAGAUUCCGAUCUACCUGACGGAAGAGCAGGUAACGGAGCUGCUUACAUCCUUCGGCGAGCUCAAAGCUUUUGUGCUAGCCAAGGACACGGGCACCGAACAGUCAAAGGGAAUUGCGUUCUGUGAGUACGUUGACACGGCUGCGACCGACAUUGCAGUGGAGGGCCUGAACGGCAUGGAGAUUGCUGCAGACAGCCUGAAGGUCAAGAAGGCAUGUGUUGGUAUUCAGCAGGCUUCCGGCCUGGAAAUGGGCGUCAACGCGAUGUCCAUGCUCGCGGGCACAUCUUCGAGCGAUGCCGAGCAAGGCCGUGUGUUGAUGCUCCUUAACAUGGUAACGCCGGAAGAGUUGAUGGAUCCCCAGGAAUAUGAAGAGAUCCACGAAGACGUGCACGAAGAAUGCAGCAAGUACGGCCAUGUCGUGGACCUCAAGAUCCCCAGGCCGCAGCCGCCCAAGGAAAACAAGGGUGUGGGAAAGAUCUUCGUCAAGUACGACACGCCCGAGGCGGCGCAGAAGGCUUUGCGUGCUUUAGCCGGACGCAAAUUCGCGGAUCGCACCGUCGUGGUGACGUUUUUCGGCGAGGAGUACUUCGACGUCGAUGCUUGGUAA